GCGGUGAGCUUCCCCUACAAGAUGGGCCCUCCCGCCAUUUCGCCCUCCGUGGAGUGGGCCAUUCAACGACGGUUCGCCAAGCUCUCACGGUCCUUACUUUCUGCUUGGUUCUUCAGUUUGGCGGGCUUAGCGUCGGAAUAUACACGCGUCCGGACUUUCUCCCUGUCUUGGCGGGAAAUAUCGCGACUGCAGUCCAGAAAUAGUAGACGUCGCAAAUCUUGGUUGAUGUGUGUGAAAAAUGAUUAAGUCGCGCCCCCUGAUGUUUUUGCUAUUGCUCGUCAUUAUAAGCAAUUUUAUGAAAGUGGAAGCUGAGGUGUUGUUAGGGUCGCCAUGUAAAGGUAGUUCAGAAUGCAGCGUGUCAAAGUCGCAGUGCCAGAAGGGUGUGUGCAGAUGCGAGCCCUACUACGCCCAAGUUGAUAACUCUACGUGUAUUGAAUCUACGCUCCUGGGAUCCGAGUGCCUAGUUUCAGAGCAAUGUACACUGAAAGUGGCGUACAGCGCCUGUCUGGACGGCGUUUGCCGCUGCACCGAUGGCCAUUUGCAGUUCAGGAAACACACGUGUUUGUCUCCGGCUCCGCCUGGUCACGUCUGCUAUAGCAACGAACAUUGCCGCCUUUGGGAUAAAGAAAGUCACUGCGAAUUCGUGAUACCUAAUUUAUUUGGACGAUGCGCUUGCAAUUCAUACUUCCAACAAACUGGUGAUAGAUGUAUCGCUCAAAAAAUGCCCACUGAAGCUGUAAUUGCAGAACAAGAUACUGUGGACACAAAUCCAGGCAAUAUUAGUAUACAGUAUAAAGUUAAUAAUAAAUCACCAAUUAGUGUAAACCAAGGUUCUAAAGACUUGUAUGGUUCGCCACUUACGAUUGUUGAUGAAGAUGGCAUACAACCCAGCAAACUUCCAAUGUUCACGAAUAAAAAUGAAUUGAGCACACAAGAAGAUAGUCCUUUGAUGCAGGCCGUGAUGAAGGUACCCACUGUAGAACCUGCAAAACGUUUACCAGUUUCAAAUAGAAAGGACGGAGAGCCUAAUGAGACACUUAUAAGUGUGGACGAGCUAACAGCUAAUUUACACGCAAAUGAUCAACCAGUUUAUAGAGUUGUAACUCAGCCUUCUGUUGACAAAAAAAGUAAUAAGAAAAAUGGUUCUGUUAAAGAACAGAAUGGCAAACCAUACAAAACAGGUCAUCAAAAGAAGUCUUCACUUAAAGAAAAGCAUCGCAUUCGUACUGACAUUCCUGCAGUGGACCUUGGACCCGCUUCUCUCGGUAUGGUCUGCGUAACCGAUGCGCAGUGCCAGUCAGUGGAUCCACACACUCGGUGCCUAAACAAGAGAUGCGACUGCGCUUACCGUACAAACUCGACGUCUGCCUGCUCAGCGCGGAACAGAGGCUGCUUGCCCGGAACUUUCCAGUGCCGGUCAACAGGCACCUGCAUCAGCUGGUACUUUGUCUGCGACGGCCGCAAAGACUGCCCUGACGGCUCCGACGAGAAAUGUCAAGGUAGUAAAGACGGCACUGGAGAAAGGUGUCCAAUGCAUGCUUUCCGAUGUGGAGGUCCUGGAUCCAUGUGUGUGUCCCGAGCAGCGAGAUGUGAUGGAACCCCUCAGUGCCCAGGAGGUGAAGACGAGAGGAACUGCCAAACGACCAGACGCAGAGGAUGUCCACGACAUACGUUCCGAUGCAAUUCGGGAGAAUGCCUGCCAGAGUUUGAAUUUUGCAACGCCAUUGUCUCCUGCAAGGACGCGUCAGAUGAACCGCCACAUUUGUGCAAUGAACAAUCAAGGUGGCGCGCAGCAGAUUUCUGUCCAUUGCGGUGCGGGAACGGCCGGUGUCGAAGCACCGCGGUGGCUUGCUCGGGCCGCGAUGGUUGCGGCGACAAUAGCGACGAGAUCGCCUGCACUGUUUGUAGAUGUCCAGCGCCAGCGCAGUUGCCUUGAAAACAGUGUCGAUGAAUGGAUUGUUGAAACUAUACAGAAAUAAGCGUUCAGAUCUCAGCGCUAAUUUUACGCGGUUUCUUUUGACUUUGUUCAAUAUAUGCAAUGUCGAUAUAACCUUAUUAUGUUGCUCAAUUUAUAGGAUUACACUGUCUCAGUAGGUUUUAGUAAUUAAAUUAUUUAUGUGACUUUCUUUAGCGACGAUUUCAUUUUGGUAUAAAGACCCAAGUGCGAAAUUUGUUACAAUUAAUUAUCUUUGAAAUAUUAAUUAAAUCGGAAUUCGACUUUGAGUGGAGAUGAGUUUAAACGUAGGUAAAAGGAUUUCUGAUGCAUAUAGACGAAAUUUUUUAUUUGCACACACUGACGAAAAAUGACAUGGCUUUUGUAUGAAGCCGAAUGCAUAAGAAAUUUUGCUAGCUAUUUUUUUCUUCUUCUAUGGGCUUUAUCCUUCACAUUUUAGCGUCUUUUAUAAUGAACCGGAAUAUUAGUUUAUUUCAAUGGAACUAUUUAUGUAAUCCUUUAACCACCUCAUUCACUAUUUUGUAUGUAACUGCACAGUAUUAAAACAAGUAUUAAGCAUUAAAAAUCGCCUGAUCAAUUAACCUUUGUGAGCUCAACUUAUAGCCUUCGUAAUUUCCUACCUACCUAUUUAAUUUUGUAGAGAUUUGAAACUUUAAAAACGAAAAUAGGAGACAGUAAUUUUUUUAAUACACAAUCGAUUAUUUCACAAUCUCUGAAUGAGCAUAAGUUUCAAUCGUGGCGUGGAGACAGUAGCGACUAGCGAUACUUUUAUAUAAGUUUAAUUAUAAGAAACUGGCAUAUAAGAUAAUUUAAGAAACCCCUUGUAAAUAUAAGUAUAGCGGCUGAAUGAGAAAAAUAUUAAAUAGUGCGAUUAAAUUAUAUUCUUCUCAACUACAGAAACAGUUGGAAUGGCAGUAUUCGAAAAUAUCAUUAGGGUAAAAUAAAUCAAAAUUACUUUUUUGAUUACGUACCUACUGAAUGGAAUAAUUACAAUCUAAGUAAGUAUAUAAAAAUAUAUAAUUCAUAUAAUUUUUCAUGUUUUGCGAGUUUCAAAAUAGGUAUAUUAACUUGAAAAUAAAGAGUAGGGUAAUUCACGAAUGUUGACAAGGCAGACAUGUCUUAGGUAUCAAAUCUUUAUUGCAAUCUUUUUGGUCAAACUUCAAAGGUAGUGUGAAUAACCACACUGAACGGCCAUAGCCCGGCGAAAUAAGGCGUACGUCUCAUCGAGCCUCUUUAUCAAAAUCGAAAAAUAAAUGGGGGAAGAUAAAACAAGUUAAUACAAAUAUUAUGUCCUUAUCUCAUACGAGAAUGACAAGAGACAAUAGUCUCGAAGACACAAUAUCUCAUCAAACUCCGUGAUAGCCCCACUACUCCAAUUAAGUGCUAUGUAGACUGAAAACGUAGCAAAGCAACCCGUCUUUAGUUUUUGAUUGUUGCAUUCACAUACUUAAUUAAGAAUAUUGUUGAGUAUCAUGGAAUGAACCAACUAAGUCUUGAUAUUGUUUUUUGUGUUAGAUAUAGUGAAUUCAGAAAUUUUUCUCAAGUUUCACAAGUAAGAAUUUAAAAUGUAAAAAGAAACGGAAUAUUUCAUGUA